UAACUGCAAGUUCUUACUGCUGCCUCACACACUUGUUGACAAAAGCAAGACCCAAAGCAGCCAACAGAGACAGUUGCACAAAAUAGCAGCUGCCUCUUCCUUAACUUUCUUGGCAGUAUGUGCAGCACUUCAGAGAGCAGAUGCCUGUUGUGCCUGUAUCCUGCUUGGGGGCAGGUGUUCUAAGGAGGCUGGCUGAAGCAGCAGCUGUUGGUAUCUCCACUGCUUCUAUCAUAGCUAUGUGCUAAUUGAACAUCCAGGCAGAGCUGGGAGGUGGUAUUCUUACUACUGACAUGACACACACAAAGAAAUUAUUUAUAAAGCAGUGGUUCUCUUGACUUUCACCUUACAAGCUGCUUUGAAUGUUAGCUCCCAGAAGUCCCAGCCACUACAACCAAUAUUUAGAGAUUCUGAAAGUUCUAGUCUAAAACAUGGUUGGCUGGCCUAAGCUUAAAUGAAUGUUUGUACCACUGGAAUCAAGAUCAACAGUGAAUGUUAAGGUUACCAUCCAAGUUGAAUUUUUGUUAAGAAUCCUUACGGUUUCAUGAAGAGAAGUGAGAAGCCAGAAGGAUAUAGACAAAUGAGGCCUAAAACAUUUCCUGCCAGUAAUUACACUGGCAGCAGUCGGCAGAUGUUGCAAGAAAUACGAGAGAGUCUUAGAAAUUUGCCGAAGCCCUCUGAUGCUGCUAAACUUGAGCAAAAUAUGGGGAAAAUAUCUGCUGAAGAUCUCAGACAGGGUCGAAACCCUCCUAAAUUUGGAACCUACCAUAAAGCUUUGCAAGAAAUUCGAAAUUCUUUGCUUCCUUUUGCAAAUGAAACAAAUUCUUCAGCAAGAGGAACAUCAGAAGUGAAUCGACAAAUGCUGCAAGAUCUACAAGCUGCUGGAUUUGAUGAGGAUAUGGUUGUCCAGGCUUUAAGACAAACCAACAGCCGUAGCAUAGAAGCAGCAAUUGAAUUCAUAAGUAAAAUGAGCUACCAGGAUCCUCGGCGAGAACAAAUGGCAGCAGCAGCAGCUAGACCAGUUAAUUCUGGUACAAAACCACCAGCAGGUGGAGGACAGCAAUCUAUUAACCGCAGGCAAAGUUGGAAAGGUUCCAAAGAAUCUUUGGUAUCCCAGAGAUUUGGAGACUUGACUUUUCAUUCUGAAAGCCCUGUAUCGCAGGCUGAUGUAGGAAGACCUUUAUCUGGGUCUGGAAUAGCAGCAUUUGCUCAGGCUCAUUCUGGCAAUGGACAAAGAGUGAAUCCACCACCUCCACCUCAAGUAAGAAGUGUUACUCCUCCACCUCCACCUCCCCGAGGGACAACUCCACCUCCCCGAGGAACAACACCCCCUCCUUCUUCCUGGGAAACAAAUUCUCAGACAAAACGGUAUUCUGGCAACAUGGAAUACAUGAUCUCUCGCAUUUCUCCAGUACCACCAGGAGCAUGGGCAGAUGGCUAUCCUGCACAGUCUAUGAAUCCUUCUACCCAGGGACAAAGAGGAAUAAGUUCUGUUCCUAUUGGCAGGCAACCAAUAAUUAUGCAGAGUUCAGUUAACAGCAAAUUUAGUUUUUCAUCAGGAAGGGCUGGAAUACAGAAUGGCAAUUGUCAGACUGAUUAUAUUCAUCAGAAUAUUGUGCCUGGUAACUCAGCAAAUCGUCAGCCUCCACCUCCUUACCCAAUGUCACAUACAAACCAGCAAAGUCCUACACCUUUGCAGAUGCAAGCAGGAGGACCUACAGCCCCUUCUGCAUAUGUCAAUGGAAACAUUCCUCAAUCUAUGAUGGUGUCAAACAGAAACAGCCACAAUAUGGAACUAUACAAUAUAAAUAUCCCUGGAAUUCCAACAUCCUGGCCUCAGUCAUCAUCUGGCAAUGGACAUGAAAUUCCAGCAUGGCAGUCCAACAUUCCUGUAAGGUCAAAUUCCUUCAAUAAUCCUCUUGGAAACAGACAAAGUCAUGCUGCUAAUUCACAGCCUUCUGCCACUACAGUAACUGCAGUUACUCCUGCUCCUAUACAGCAGCCAGUAAAAAGCAUGCGUGUAUUAAAACCAGAACUACAAACUGCCUUAGCUCCGACUCACCCUUCUUGGAUUUCACAGCCUAUGCAAGGUAUGCAGCCAAUCUCCUUUUCCGAGGGACCAUGUACAAAUAUGACAAUCAUAUCACCUGGAGCAGAGGCUCCAAAUUAUCAAGGUCCACCACCUCCUUAUCCAAAGCAUUUAUUGCACCCAACUACAUCUGUUACACCGUAUGAAUCUGUGGCAAAGUCUGGGAAGGAGGAUCAGCCCAGUUUCCCUAAAGAGGAGGAGAGUGAAAAGAAUGAUACCAGUGAGGCAGCAGAUAAAGAAAAUAAACAAAUAACAACCUCACCUGUCCCUGUUAGAAAAAACAAGAGAGAUGAAGAAAGAAGGGAAUCCCGCAUUCAAAGUUAUUCUCCUCAAGCUUUUAAAUUCUUUAUGGAGCAGCAUGUGGAAAACAUACUUAAAUCUCAUCAACAGCGGCUGCAUCGUAAGAAACAGCUAGAAAAUGAAAUGAUGCGGGUGGGAUUGUCCCCAGAGGCCCAGGAUCAGAUGAGGAAAAUGCUAUGCCAGAAGGAGUCCAACUAUAUCCGUCUCAAAAGGGCUAAAAUGGAUAAAUCAAUGUUUGUGAAGAUUAAAACCCUUGGAAUUGGGGCAUUUGGAGAGGUGUGCUUAGCAAGAAAAGUAGAUACAAAUGCUCUUUAUGCAACAAAAACUCUACGGAAAAAAGAUGUGCUGCUUCGGAACCAGGUUGCUCAUGUUAAAGCUGAACGUGAUAUCCUUGCAGAGGCUGAUAAUGAGUGGGUAGUUCGUUUGUACUAUUCAUUCCAAGAUAAAGACAAUUUGUACUUCGUUAUGGACUAUAUUCCAGGAGGAGAUAUGAUGAGCCUGUUAAUUCGCAUGGGGGUCUUUCCAGAAAAUAUGGCUCGGUUCUAUAUAGCUGAACUGACUUGUGCAGUUGAAAGCGUUCAUAAGAUGGGCUUCAUUCACAGAGAUAUAAAACCUGACAACAUUCUGAUUGAUCGUGAUGGCCACAUCAAAUUGACUGACUUUGGGCUUUGUACUGGUUUUCGCUGGACACAUGAUUCAAAAUACUACCAGAGUGGUGACCACCCACGUCAGGACAGCAUGGAUUUCAGCAAUGAAUGGGGAGAUCCAGCAAGCUGUAGAUGUGGAGACAGGCUAAAGCCACUUGAACGGAGAGCAGCCCGUCAGCAUCAGCGAUGUCUAGCACACUCACUUGUCGGGACGCCAAAUUACAUUGCACCAGAAGUAUUGUUACGAACAGGUUAUACACAGCUAUGUGACUGGUGGAGUGUUGGUGUGAUUCUUUUUGAAAUGUUAGUAGGACAGCCUCCCUUCUUGGCGCAAACACCAUUGGAAACGCAAAUGAAGGUUAUCAAUUGGAAAACAUCUCUGCACAUCCCAAUACAAGCAAAACUAACUCCAGAAGCAUCUGACCUUAUAAUUAAGCUCUGUCGGGGGCCAGAAGACCGCUUAGGCAAGAAUGGUGCAGAUGAAAUAAAAGCACAUCCAUUUUUUAAAUCAAUUGAUUUUUCAAGUGAUCUACGACAGCAGCCUGCUUCCUACAUCCCUAAGAUUACCCAUCCCACAGACACAUCUAAUUUUGAUCCAAUUGACCCAGAUAAAUUGUGGAGUGAGGAUAAGGAAGGGAAUGUCAAUGACACACUUAAUGGCUGGUAUAAAAAUGGUAAACAUCCAGAACAUGCUUUUUACGAAUUCACAUUCCGAAGGUUUUUUGAUGACAAUGGGUAUCCGUACAGCUAUCCAAAGCCUAUUGAAUAUGAAUUCAGUAAUCCUCGUAGAUUGGAAUUGAAGUCAGAUGAAGAUGAUGAGAGGACCAAUAGAGAGGACCAAAAUCGUGAUUUGGUUUAUAUUUAGUAGAAAACAUGAAACUGAACCACCCUUUGGAAUUUCUCUGAUAUAUUCUCAAGAAAAUCUGAGAUACCAUUGGAAAUCUGAUUUUGUGCACACCUAGCAUAAAGAAAAAAGUUUGAUUAUUGUUAGCCCAGUAUCUUUUUCAUGGAACUUUUCUUCUCAUCUCAAAUAAUCCCCUUUUCAAAUUUAAUUUAUUCCAGCAUGUUAGUAAUUAAUAUAGUAAUAUUAGGGAAAAUAAAUUAUAAAAUAAAAUUAAGCUUUUUGUAAAGAAUUAGGUAGGAAAUAGUAAUUUCAUUAGGAAAUGAGAUGAUUGUCUAUUUGUAUAUAGACUGUAUACAUUAAUUUUCCUCCGACAGUUUUGCAGUGGUAUCUUUACCUUACACAAACCAAAUAUUAUAUACUAAACUGCCAGACAUUUUCUUUGGCUUCUCACAUUACUGAGCCCUUCUGUAGAUGAGACUGGAGAGAGUAAGCUGGGGGCUAGAGACUCUAGGUAUGCAACAAGGAAGCCUAUGGCAGCAAUCUUGAACUUAAUCAUAGGUAAGUCCUCUCAAACCUAGUGGGACUUCAGAGGAAACAUGUAUAUGAUUGCACUGUUCAUCUGUGAUCCUUCUUGCAAUAGAUGAUCACCUAUUAGCUCAUCGUUUUUCAGUUUCUUGAACAUUUUGGUGAAGCAUAAUGAUUGUGCUGUUGGGAAGUAACAUUGAGUCUGUGUGUGGGAAAUGAAUUAUAGCUGCCUUUUCACAAAAUAAACUUCAGUUUUAGUUCCUUCUGGUUCUUCUCAUCGUUAUCUCUUAUUAAGAAAAAACUAAAUGUGUUUGGGUUCUGUGAAACUUCAUUGCUCUCAUAUUAUCUGAGUAGCCAUUUAAAAAUACCUUAGUUAAGCUAUCUGGUUCCAUUGUUAGUCUCCUGGAGCUGUAUUAUCAAAGGACGUGUUUUUUAAAAAGGUGGUUCUUAUUUCCCAAGUAGACUGUUUUAAGAUAAAAAUACAGCCCGGCUUGGUUGCCCCUUGGUUGGAGGGUGCAUGUUCCUCUUGUAGGAAACUGUUCUGCCUUUAAAAAGUACAAUCAGUGCAAGUGACUAUGUAAAAUAAAUAAUUCUUCAUCCCAUAAUCAGUGUCUUUGAAAUAAAGAGAAAGCUACAGUUCAUACAACCCUUGCUUGUUUUUUAAAUGCAUUUUCCCUAGGUGAAAAUAUUGAACUUCUAAUUUUCUAACAUAGAAAUGUCCUUUGAAGCCCACAUGUAUCCUUCCUGCUCCUGAAAUAUAAGCAAAUUCCAUAUGCUAAGCCUCCUAUCAAAACAGUUAUUGAAAAGUGUACUGCUGGCCUGUUGUCUGAACAGGAAAACCAUUAUGGUAUGAGCACCCCGUUGGUUUCAGAAGACAGACUAAUGGUGAAAAUAAGUAUACACUAUUGCUUUUUGGUUCUGAACAGCGUCUUGAAAAAUGCCACUUCCUUCCUUUUUUUAAUUUAUUUUUUUCCAAUUUUUGGCAACACGUUAUCUUACAUUCUUAUCCUCUGAAAAGGACAGAACAGCUCAUGUUAACACCUUGGUAAUUUUCCAUUCAGAUAGUUUUUUCAGGGCCAGAUCUCUGUGGCUUCAUUAACAGAACAAUGUUAAGUGCCUUCAGACUAUUAUUUACUUUUCUCUUCUUUUGAAUUGAUAUUUAUGUUAAAAUAUACGUUAAUCUAUUAAAAAAACUAGUGGAAUAUAAUGCAGGUACUUGUAUUAAAGAAAUUUAUAGUGCAAUCAUAUGCAUGUGUACUCAAAAACACCUCACUGUUUUUAAAAGAGUUUACUUCCAAGUUACUUUUAAGUUGUGUUUCAACCUUUGAAUCCAUGUGCUUGUUCUACAUACAGUUGGUAUAGCAGACAGCUAAAUUGAACUCCAGACUGAGUAGAGCUUUUAUAGUGAACCAAGACAUCUUGUUUAUGCACUGUUCUACACAUAUUGAGGUAGUCUUGCUCUAACGUACGCCAAAAUAUAGAUUCUGUGUUUGGCGCCAAACAGCGAACAAGACCUUAGAAUUUUAUCAUUAUAAAAGGAGGAUGCAAUGUACAGUUAUUCUGCUUUUGAGAAUUGUUUUUGUAAAGUUCUGUUUUAAAGAAGGCUUUGAGAGCUGUCCUUUGUUUAAUAUUUAGAACUUCCAGUUAAACUGGCAAGUUUUUAUUAUAUUUGUCUUGCAAUAAAAUAUAAUAUAUAUUCCUUUUAAAGCCAGAAAUUUAAUCUGCCUGCUGCAGGUGCAUGCAUAUAUGUUCUGUACAUUUCAAAACAAAGUUUUCAUUGUCUAAACUUGUUGCUUUCAGUCCAGAGUAAGCUAAUCACAUUGAAAUCAACAGGUUUAAGCAAGUAUUUGAAAUCCUUUAAUUUUAAUUGGAAUUUCAGCAAAUUUAACUUUUCUGGAUUCUGGCAAUUAGUGUUUUCAAUUGAGAAGUGAUAAUUUUAUGUUCACCAACAUGCAUCUCAGAUAACUUUUUACUCAAGCUUCAUAAUAUUUAUAUGAGCAGAGAAAUUAUGUUGUGUAACUCUGCCAUUUUGAAACAUUUUCAAAAUAAAAUCCUGCCUCAUUUGUUCCUUAUAAGGCCAUCCAGAUGGAUGUUGUUGUUUUUCUGUUACAGUGGAGGAUGCUAAAUGAGGAUAGCUUUUACAUAUCAGAACUUAACAACCCUCACAAAUGUAGAAUGUCAUGUUUAAAUAAUAAGGUGGUGCUCCUGCUUUUAAUUAACUUUCAGCUUCCGUGAACCUAUCCUUUUUCAACUGCCUGUAUUUACUGUAGAAUAUUUUUGUGCUGGAAAAAUUUACUUCAUUAGAUGCAUACAGUUUUCUCCUGACAACCUAUUCUCAGUUUGUGUCCUUGAGAACUGAAGAAAUGUUCUGUAAGUAAUUGUGAUGUCACAGUUACCUGAACCUAGGGCAGUAUGCUUCCCUUCUGUUCAUGCGCAGAACUUUUCAUACUCCAUUCAGAGUAAUUUCUAGUGCAGAUCCCGGGUAUGCUGUAGUCUGCACACUCCAUUUUUAUCUGUUUAUAUUUCAGUUCCUUUGUUGUUGGCUUAAGUCUGACAGUAUGUUCAUGCUGGUUCAGCUUUUGCUUAACAAAAAUCAAAAUUUCUCUACAUCUGAUUUUUGAAUGAAUAAUUUUCAGUUAAACAUUUAAAAUAUUGCUUUGCUCUUCCACAUAUAUACAUAUGCACUGUAUUUAUAAAAUGUUCUAUAAUCAUGUAAUUGUAUUGUAAAUACUGUUGUACUAUUCACUUUUUAUCUUAGGGCAGGCCCUCUUGCUGGAUCUUUUCUACCAUAUUUGUAACAGACCCUAUAGAAUGUAUGACUAAAACAACUUUUUGUACUUAAAAUCUGCUGUUACAGUUUGCAGACCUGUAAUGGAGAAUGAAUUUAUUGGACUUUAAUACUGUACAUCUGCAGAAUGGCAGUCUGAAUGGAUUAAUAAAUGUUGCUGCUGUUACCCAAGGUACCAGUUAAAUUUGGUGACAAAUAUCUGAUAUUUGCAAUAAGACAUUAUUUGCUUUAAUGCAACCAGAGCAAAACAAUGGUAUAUUAGGGUCAGCAUCCAACAGUAAACCUUUGGAAUGCCUUAAGAUAUCCUCCUAUGAAAGGCACUACUCAAGUUUACUUCUGUAUUUCAUUUUGUAUAUAUACCUUUUAUACCGUAAACACUCUGCUGAUAAACAUACUUUUAGAAAAGUAGCUUGAGAAGUGCCUUGGCAGACAAUACAACAAGAAACAUCUUUGUCUAUUUUUGCAUGUAAUAAUUAUUUGGUAAUCUGUUAAAUUCUUGAGUGUCUUAUGGAUCUCUUUCCACUUUUAAAAUCAGUUUUUGCUAGUGUACUAUUUGCUGGAAUAAUAAAAGUCAAAUUCUGUGAAUAAGCUGUUAAUGAAAUAUAAUUUUUAUGUUGAUCAAAGGUGUGUUGUUAUGGUAUUCCCCUGCAGGGUUGACGGAAUAUAGAAUUCCUAUUCAGUGAAGGUGAUUCUGUUUUUGGUUCAUUAGCUAUGAUUCCCUGAUCUUGUCAUGAUUUGUAAAUAAGUAAAGAAAAAUCUCCCACAGCAAUAUAAUUGUUAUUAGAAAACUGUUUAACGUGUGUCUUCCAUAAAUACGUAUAUAAAAUAAAAU